UCUACUGGUAGGCAGAGUGGAGACGCUGCUCAGUGGAAUCGCAACUGCUGUCACGGUAGCACGGAGACAACAGUGGAAAGGGGCCGGUGGUGAAUGUGGAUACAUACAUUGUUGAUUUUUUUUUCGUCCACGGGUAGCAACAGCCUCCCCGCAUCUCCGCAAGAUUUAAAGGUGGAUCCUCCUUGCUCUUCUCCUGUGGAUUUACCUUAACUUGGUGGAUAGAGCACCUCAACCCUACCCACGCGCACACACCCUCUUCUCCUCGAAUACGCACAAUCGGCCCAACUCACGGGCCCUGUUGGGGACAUCAUCGGAUCCAGAUCCAACCUAGUGGAGUUAGAGCACCUUAAAUCAACCUCCCUGACCCACUAACAUACUUCCUUCUCCUUUUGGACACACAACUGCCCCAACUCCCCAAUUCCCCUAGUGGGAAGGUCUCCAUAUCCGGAUCCAAGUGGGAUAGAGACUCUUAACCAAACCUCCCUGCCCCUCACACACACACACGUUCUGCUCCUCAAACCCACACACCGGCCCCACCCACCCCGGGGGCCUGGCUGGUGUGUUCUAACCGGCCACACAGGGAUAUCAGCCGCCUGCCGCGAUGGGAAACGGCCUGUCGGGGGAGCGCCACUGCCUCCAGCUCCCGUGCCUGCCCUCCUCCUUCCAGGCGCUGCACAUCGUCAUCCUGGGCCUGGACUGCGCCGGCAAGACCACCGUACUGUACCGCCUGCGCUUCAACGAGUUUGUCAACACCGUGCCCACCAAAGGCUUCAACACGGAGCGGGUGCGCGUCCCCUUGCCCGGCCGGCGCUCGGGCGUCCCGUGCCACUUCUGGGACGUGGGCGGCCAGGAGAAGCUGCGUCCGCUCUGGCGCUCGUACACGCGCUGCGCCGACGGCCUGGUCUUCGUGGUGGACUCGGCCGACGCCGAGCGCAUGGAGGAGGCCAAGACGGAGCUGCACAAGGUGACGCGUCUCCACGACAACCUGGGCGUCCCGGUGCUGGUGGUGGCCAACAAGCAGGACCUGCGGAGCGCCAUGCCGCUGCACCAGGUGGAGAAGCUGCUGGCGCUCGGGGAGCUGGGCACGCACACGCCCUGCCACCUCCAGCCGGCGUGCGCCAUCAUCGGGGAAGGGCUGCAGGAGGGACUGGAGAGGCUGCACGGCAUGAUCAUGAAGAGGAGACGCACGCUCAAACAGCAGAGGAGGAAGAGAUGAGGAGGACCGAGGAGCGUGUGUCCAAAGAGAGACGAGCAGAAAGAAAGGACAAAGAGAGACACACAUGCUGUGUUCAAAAUAGACAAUCUUGACACAUGUUGUGUUCAAAAUGGACAAUCUGACCACAUAACGCUCACAUGCGUCUAGAGAGUGGAUACUCAAACAGAAGAGGAGGAGAAGAUAAGAGGAGUGUGUGUGUGUGUUCUAACGAGACAAACAGAAAAAAAUGGAUGAAGACAGACACACACAUGUUGUGUUCAUAAUAGACAAUCUGACUCGCUCACACAUGCCAUUAGAAAGUGGAUACUAAGGUGUGUGUUUGCAUUGCCAAAAAGACAAUCUGACAUGCUGAUUGAGACCCAUGCAUACAUUUUGUAUGUGUGUUCAUAGACAUCGACAAUCUGAAAGCGGAUCGAGACACAGACACCCAUUUUGUGCAUAUGUGUUCGAAAUGGACAAUCUGACAAGCUGAUUAGGAAACGACCCACAUACACCAUUAGCAGUAUCAGGAAGAGGAUGGACAAGAGAGCCAAGGAGGAAGAGAUGAGGAGACUCAUUUGAAGCGUGUGGCACAUGUGAAGGGUGUGUGGGUGUGGGUUGGAGACAAUCUGAUAACCAGAUACGCACAAGUGCUUACACACAUCCUUAUGAGGAGGACACUCAAACAGCAGAGAAGGAAAGGAAGUGUGUGUAAGUGUGUGUGUUUCAGCUUGUGUGUGUGUGCAAUAGACAAUCUGAGGUGAAGAUACACACACACUUCAUGCCAUGGUUAUCGAACAGCAGAUUGAAUGAGAGUGAGCACGUACACACACACACACGCACGCACACACACACUACACACCUCUAUUUGUGUUUGUGUGCACUGUGUUGUCAAGGGACAAUCUGACAAGGCUGCUACGACAAACACACACAACGAGACUCUUCUCUGUCGUGCCUGAUGAGGACCCUUUCACCUGAUUGGCUCUUUGUUUCCGCUGGGCGGAGCUAAGCUGAGCAGUUUUCCUAUUGGUGUUGCCGUGCAGUGCCGGACACUUGUGGACCCACAUGUUAAUGCUAACGCUAACACAUCGACCUACCACUACUAUUACUAUGGGGACAAUGGAUCUCUGGUGUCCUGUCAGGGUGGCGACAUGCAAUCACUGGAAAUGGGAGGAAAAUAGAAUCAUGCAUUUGUUUGUUUGGUUUUUUUGUUUCUUGUUUUUUUUUAAUAGUUUGGGUGUUACGGCUGAAACGUUGCCCAGCUUAGCUGGGUUCUCGGCCUGUCCAUGCCACUGUAGUAUUAUUGCCAAAGGCCCUAUUUGUGUGCCCUGGGAUCACGAUAGGUCAAUCAUCUUGUCAAUCAUUUGUUCAUCAGACUUGGAAGUACUGCUGAUUUGGUGAAUGUUUUUGUCAGGGGUGGGAGUACAAGGGAGUUGAGAUGCCUGAAUGGGGGUCUGAGACACUACAAUGGAGAAUCAAAUUGAUGGAUUUAUUCAUACAAAACAGCAGUGCACACACACACACACACACACACACACACACACACACACACACACACACACACACACACACACACACACACACACAACGCAAGAUCAUCAGAUCAGUGGAGGAGUGGACUGAUGGGCUUAAGUGUCACUGAUGAGGGCCUUUGACCUGUUGUAUUUGUGUCAUCUCAUCUUACCUGUCAUGGAAUUCAGUUUUUCUUUUCUUUCUUUCUUUUUAAACCGAAUUCCUCCUUCCGGUUGCACCAAUGGAAUCCCUGCCUGCCAGUCUUUCCUGUCCUGCCCCAUCUUAUCCCCUCCAUCUCUCUCUGUCUGUCUGUCUCUCUCUCUCUCUCUGUCUCUCUCUCUCUCUCUCUCUCUCUCUCUCUCUCUCUCUCUCUCUCUCUCUCUCUCUCUCUCUCUCUCUCUCUCUCUCUCUCUCUCUCUGAUGAAGGAGUGAUUGUCUUUCUAUCCAGAAAUUUCCGUGUCAUGUGCAGAACCACACAAGACAUAUGAAUGCACUUUAUGAAGUAAGAAAAGAAAAAAAAGAAUAACUGAAAAAAACAAUCCCAUUUUGUUUUGAGCAAUGAAUUCUUAUUGUGAAGAUUUUUCUAGAAGGUUUAUGAUGUAAAAGAGUUUAAGAAAAAAAGCUGUUUGUGAUCUAUGUAUCUGCUGCUUUAAAAAGAGAAUGUGAGAGCUGUCAACCUCCUCAGAGGUGAGUGCGUGCGUGCGUGCGUGCGUGUGUGUGUGUGUGUGUGUGUGUGUGUGCGGAAAGACAAACUGACUGACUGAGAAAUGAGAGUUGCUUCUAUGUGUCAAUCACAGUCUGGAUGAAGGUGCUUCUUAUGUUUGUAUGACUUUGCUUCACCUGGAAUAAAAAACACAAAUUCCUUGUCA